GCUGUGCUAUUCCGCCUGUGCCCAGCAGGUGGGGCACUGCGUGUUCGUAGAGCAGGCAUCGCGCUGUGCUGCGCAGACUCAGGAGUACGGAGCUUACCGGCGCUGCCGUGUGACGACACUGCCCAGCAAGCGUGGAGCGCGGGAGGCGCUGCCGGUUGCUUUGGAUCCGCCCUAUAUCAGUGCCCGUACCGGAGACACCGCCCGGACUAUAGCUGGUGGAGAACAGCCCAUAUAAGCACCCCUCAAGCUCUCUACAACAACAGCUCAAUCAAAGUCAAAUAUCCCGGCCAACUCUCACUACUGUUCACAAUCUCAACUGGUGUCAAGCAAGGUUGUAUAGUAUCGCCUAUGCUCUUCAACAUACAAGGACCAAAAUGAGCUUGUUCGGUUCUACUGGGGGAUUUGGUACUGGAGGAGCAAGUAUGUUUGGCAGCACAGCCACCGAUAACCACAAUCCAAUGAAGGACAUAGAGGUCACUUCGUCCCCAGACGACAGUAUCGGAUGCCUUUCCUUCAGCCCCCCGACGUUACCAGGGAAUUUCCUUGUUGCUGGUUCCUGGGCCAAUGAUGUUCGCUGUUGGGAAGUACAGGAUAAUGGCCAAACCAUUCCCAAAGCCCAGCAGAUGCACACAGGACCGGUGCUGGAUGUUUGCUGGAGCGAUGAUGGCAGUAAAGUGUUCACAGCAUCUGGUGAUAAAACUGCCAAAAUGUGGGACCUGAACAGUAACCAGUCCAUACAGAUUGCUCAGCAUGAUGCACCUAUAAAAACUGUUCACUGGAUAAAGGCACCAAACUACAGCUGCAUUAUGACUGGAAGCUGGGACAAGAGCCUGAAGUUUUGGGACACGCGUUCCCCUAAUCCUUUGAUGACACUACAGCUUCCUGAGAGAUGUUAUUGUGCAGAUGUGGUCUAUCCAAUGGCUGUUGUAGCUACAGCAGAGAGAGGGUUAAUAGUUUAUCAGCUAGAAAACCAGCCCUCUGAGUUCCGUAGGAUUGAUUCUCCAUUAAAACACCAGCACCGGUGUGUAGCUAUUUUUAAAGAUAAACAAAACAAGCCAACCGGUUUUGCAUUGGGCAGCAUUGAAGGUAGAGUUGCCAUCCACUACAUCAACCCUUCAAAUCCAGCCAAAGACAACUUCACAUUUAAAUGUCACCGAUCCAACGGAACAAAUACUGCGGCUCCACAGGACAUCUAUGCGGUAAAUGGUAUUGCUUUUCAUCCGGUACACGGCACUCUGGCAACUGUUGGCUCUGAUGGACGCUUCAGCUUCUGGGACAAGGAUGCACGAACCAAACUAAAAACAUCAGAACAGCUAGACCAGCCGAUCUCCGCCUGUAGCUUCAACCACAAUGGAAACAUUUUUGCCUAUUCCUCCAGUUAUGAUUGGUCCAAGGGCCAUGAGUUCUACAACCCACAGAAGAAGAAUUAUAUAUUCCUACGUAAUGCAGCAGAAGAAUUAAAACCACGGAAUAAAAAGUAGUGGAUAAUGGAAGAGAAGACCUCUGUCCAUACGUUGCCUGCACAGCCAAGGCUUGUACCUACCAAGUGCUGCAAUAUGCAGUUUGGUACUGGAAAGCAAACAUGCCUCAAAGCUAACCUUUUAGUGUUGGUGGCUGUGAACAUGAAAUAUCUGUUUACCCCAUGUACAGACGAGUUUGUAAGUAAGGAAACCAGUGAUCGCCUGCACAGUGUUCUCAUGUCUCUAGACUCUAUUCCCCCGAGCAGUGAUUGACUGUUGUGCGAUGAUGUGGACUCAGCAUGCAGAUAAACAGCCUUAAACAUAUCCACGUAUGCAGAAUGAAAACUAAUUAACAAGGCAUUGGUUUUUAUUUCAUAUUUGAAUAAAAUGUAAUUUUUGCAGAAGGUCAUAACUGUUUGCAAUAUGUUACAUUUAUACAUUGUAUAUACAGAAUUUCCUGAACUCUUCAAGAUGUCUUUUGCUUUGUUUUUUUUUUUGUUUUUUUACAUCAUGCUUCAGUCUGUUAAUUAUUCUUGCCUGUGUGUACCAGGCUCCAGUUGAUUUAACGUGCUUUUGGUUUAAUAUAAUAAAAAAAUUCUCAACAAA